AUGCCCUUCCUUUCACACGUUCGCGUGCUUCGCUCUGCCACGCCAACUCACCAGCCGCAGCCGCAGAGGUGUGCGCGUUGCUUUAUCUCUUUUCUCUUUCUGCGUCGUUUCCUUUUCCGUGCUCUCUCCUAUUCUGUGACCAUGUGCAUAUCGAUCUUAUUUUCGCAUACGUGA